AUUUGUACAAGUAUAAGUAAGCCCAUCAAAAGCUGUCUCCACUCCCCACUUUUCCUCCAACCUCCUCAUCGCCGCUACCCUCCUUCGUCCUUUCCCUGAGGGCGAACCCUAAAUCUCUCUCUUUCUCUCUCUUCCACCACCUCCAAUGGCGGCAACGUCCACCUCCUCCGAACCCACCUCCGCCGCCGAAGGCCCUGUCCUCAGCGUCAUGACCAAACGUCUCCGCGCUCUCCGUAAGAAGCUCAACCGCAUCUCUCAAAUGGAGGACUCCGUUGCUCAAGGCAAAACCCUUAACAAAGAACAACAAGACGUUCUUCGCUCUAAACCCGCCGUUGUCGCUGUCAUCGACGAGCUCGAUAAGCUUCGCGCUCCUCUUACCACUGCCGUUGAGGAAGAACACUCGCUCGGUAUCGCCGCCUCCAAAACGACGCCGUCUUCCUCGCCGGAGGAACACCAGUCGCCGGAGGUAGUUGGGCCGGAGGUAGAGGAUCAUCGUUCGUCGGAGAAUAACGACGACAACAAAGAAGGUGUUGUUAAGGAUCUGUUGUAUUUGAUGUAUUUUGGGAGUUUGUUUGAUGUGAAGCCUCAGGGUGACUUCACUUCAUUGAUGUUGACGCGCACUCAUGAGCGUGGUUGCUGCUUGACCUACGAUUAUGUUACUGAUGAUGCUACUGAUCUCCUUGUUGAGCGCGAUUUGGAUUUGAUUUCGGCGCUGCAGGGUUUGAUGGUUUCACGGCCGGCGAAUUCGGCUUUGUCGCAUCAAAAUGCGUUGGAUAUGUGCGUUCAGCAUGCUCAACUCUGGUUAAACAAUUCCGAUCAGACUAUUGAUCCUCAAUCCAAUAUUACAUAUGCUGGGUUGAAGGAGAAAUUGAACAAGAUUAUGGCUUCGGACUACUUCACUGCCACUCCGCAGAUGAAGGGGCCUGGGGAAGUGGCGGCUGCCGCCGCUGUUGGAAAUUUCGGUUCUUUCCAGGUUCCGAUGCACGAGAAUAUGGUGCCUGUUAAAGUACCCGUCCACAUUGAGGGAUCCGCUGAGCAAUAUCAGGAUACGGAGGAGAAUUUGGCUAAUUAUGAAGAUUAUGGAACAAGGGAACAUCAAGUUGGCAGUGCUGAGGAGUUUCAGAAGGAUGACUUGGAGGCAGGAAAUGCUCCUGAAACGAACUCAGCCCAACGGCCCCAAACAGAACAAGGACAAUUACAGGCUGAGGAAGAGCAUGGCUACAGAAAUGUGGACUUCAGGGAGCAGCAGUACAUUCCAAGAAGAGGUAUGAGAGGAGGCCGUGGAGGUGUAGGUGGUCGUAGAGGUUACGCUAAUGGCCGAGGUGGCAGGAGUAGUGGCAGGGGAGGUGGGCCUUACCAGAAUGGACGUGGUCAGUAUUAUGACAACUACAACCCUAGGAACUUCUACAAUAAACGAGGUGGCAGGGGAGGAGGUGGUAAUGGUGGGAACCCAUACUACAACCAUUCUGCAGAUCAAGGCAAUCAUGCUGAAGCAAAUAUGGGGGUUGCAUCAUAACACGUGCAAAAUAGGUUGUCUUUUGGUUAUUGGCUCAUUGUUGGUGGGUUCUGGUGAUUUUGUUGUGCGCUGGGCAUAGUAGCAUUUGUAGGUCUAUUUAUGAAUUCACCAAUUAGUUGCCUCCUUUGGGCACUGCUCUUUUGUACUUAACCGAAUGGAUGGUUUUAUCAAAACCCUCUAAUAUAACAUGACCAUGAGAAGUCAUCAUCGUUUGUCUAGCAAAUUUCUUUGCUUGAUUA